AGUCAGAGGCUUGAAAACUUGUUAAAAGCUCUCCCAGUGUUCCAAGUUAGAAAAAACUUUUACGAGGUAUCAGCACUUUUCUUUCAUUAGUGGGGAAGGAAGGAUGAAAAAUACAAAACAGCAGUAGACUUUUAAAGUUUAAAUAGACAGGUCUGAGUGCCUGAACGUGCUCUUCCAUUUUCCUUUAACCCUCCAAAGAAGUAUUCUGAUCCAGUUUCACUGCUGAUCAGCAAGGCCAACAUCCUGUGAAGAUGGGUGAUUGGAGUGCCUUGGGAAAACUUCUUGACAAGGUUCAAGCCUAUUCUACUGCAGGAGGGAAAGUGUGGCUCUCUGUCCUCUUUAUUUUCCGAAUCUUGCUACUGGGGACAGCAGUCGAAUCCGCUUGGGGAGAUGAACAGUCUGCUUUCCGGUGCAACACUCAACAGCCCGGUUGCGAGAACGUCUGCUAUGACAAGUCCUUCCCCAUCUCCCAUGUACGCUUCUGGGUUCUGCAGAUCAUAUUUGUGUCUGUACCUACCCUUUUGUACCUGGCACACGUGUUCUAUGUAAUGAGGAAAGAAGAGAAGCUGAACAAAAGAGAGGAAGAGCUCAAGGUGGUCCAAAAUGAUGGUGUGAAUGUGGAUAUGCACCUCAAGCAAAUAGAAAUUAAGAAAUUCAAGUAUGGGAUUGAAGAGCAUGGCAAAGUGAAGAUGCGUGGGGGACUGCUCCGUACUUACAUCAUCAGCAUCCUGUUUAAAUCUGUCUUCGAGGUGGCUUUCUUGCUGAUACAGUGGUACAUCUAUGGGUUUAGCCUGAAUGCCAUCUAUACUUGUGAGCGAGAUCCAUGCCCGCACAGAGUGGACUGUUUCCUCUCCCGUCCAACUGAGAAAACAAUCUUCAUCCUCUUCAUGCUGGUCGUGUCUUUGGUGUCUCUUGCCUUGAACAUCAUCGAGCUUUUCUAUGUGUUCUUCAAGGGUGUCAAGGAUCGUGUGAAAGGAAAAACCGACCCCUACUCCCACAGCGGUACCAUGAGCCCUUCCAAAGACUGUGGCUCCCCUAAAUAUGCGUAUUACAAUGGCUGCUCCUCACCAACUGCCCCUUUGUCUCCCAUGUCUCCCCCAGGGUACAAGCUCGUUACCGGAGACAGGAACAAUUCCUCCUGUCGUAACUACAAUAAGCAAGCCAGCGAGCAAAACUGGGCCAACUACAGUGCGGAGCAGAACAGAAUGGGGCAGGCUGGCAGCACCAUCUCCAACUCACACGCCCAGCCCUUCGACUUCACCGAUGAGCACCAGAACACUAAAAAACUGGCAUCGGGACAUGAGCUGCAGCCCCUCACCAUUGUGGACCAGAGGCCUCCAAGCAGAGCCAGCAGCCGAGCCAGCAGCAGGCCUCGACCUGAUGACCUGGAGAUCUAAGCUUCUAGCUGCAGUACUUGCUCAACUAUGAAACGACGUGCAUUGGAAGAUGCAGUCAGUGCUGAUCUUGUUCCAGUGGAGGUGGUACUUAGCAGUCUCAAGCAGGAGAUUUUAACAAUCAUAAAAACAAACAAACAAGCAAACAAACUUUUAAAAUACUUGCUGUUUUUGAGGGGGGAUGUGGGGUUGGUGUGGGGUGGUACAGUACACAUUGGUAUUUAAUGUAGCUGGUUAAAAGAAUUUAAAUACU